AUGUGCACUCUUUACUUUGCAUUCACUGAGGACGGUCACGGCGGCGGGUUUGAUCCGAUCGACGACGAGGAGCUUCGGAACAUGUUUUCCGACGAGCUCGUCGCGCCCCCCGGAGAUCCUAAGCGAAUCAAAAGAAUCAUGGCAAACAGGCAGUCAGCCCAGAGGUCAAGAGUGAGAAAGCUGCAAUACAUUUCCGAGCUUGAAAGGAGUGUUACAACAUUACAGACAGAGGUAUCUGCAUUGUCGCCAACAGUAGCAUUUCUGGACCAUCAAAGGCUGCUAUUGAAUGUGGAUAACUCUGCUAUUAAGCAGAGGCUAGCAACAUUGGCUCAAGACAAAAUAUUCAAAGAUGGUAACCAUAUUCUAUUUUUCAAUUAUAAAAAAAUGUUCUAUAAUAUUUCAGCUCGUCUUGGAUACGAUGUCAACAUAUAA